AUGGGUGACGCCGAUAUUACAGCAUCUUCGUGGAGACAGGUCGAAGUCGGCCGAGUCGUUCUCUUUUCGUAUGGACCAUACGCAGGUCGCCUUGCAACCAUAGUGGAAAUUAUCGACCACAAGCGUGUUCUCGUUGAUGGUCCAGCAUCCUCCGAAGACAAAGUCGUUCCCCGUCACGCCGCUCCGCUUUCACAGCUCUCUCUGACCGCUCACGUCAUUCCUGGUUUACCUCGCGCAACCGGUUCCAGCAAAGUAAAAUCCCUUUGGGAGAAGGAAGAAGUGGAAUCGAAAUUCGCCAACAGUCCCUUCGCACAGAAACGCGCGCAGCUCGCCAAGCGGAGAACACUCAAUGACUUCGAGAGAUUCAAGGUGAUGCGUCUGAGGAAGCAGGCUCGUUUCGAAGUCUCCAAGUCGUUGGCCAAGGUCCGCGCAUCGGCCAAGGCGUGAUGUGGACAUGUUGGUGUAGUGCGUUUAUGGGCUGAUUAAGUGGAAUCAUGCAUCCUGAAGGAGAACAGGUCUGGGUUUCAAAGACGUUCUUUCGGCGUCUUCCAAUCAAAAUUAACGAAAUCAAAUACUGAGUUGACUGAAGUGCUCGUGCCGGUCGAUACUUUCUACAUAGUAAGGACGGCCAGUACAAUGUCCCUAUCAGCUUGUAGAAAUACCAAUGAUUGCGGGGCUAUAAUGCGCGAACCAGAUUUAGUGAUAAACUCGAAUUGUUCAUUGAAGUCACCCAGUUUGGCAGCUUUGUUGCUCCAAAUCAUGUACGAUUUGCAUAAUACGUAUUCACGCUCGCU